UUUGUGUCUCUGUGAACGCUUGACCUCACAGGACGGUGGUUAUGCCGAUCGCUAGCGAGUUUGCUCCAGAUCUGGUGCUGGUGUCGGCAGGGUUUGACGCGGUGGAAGGACACCCUCCUCCGCUGGGAGGAUAUAAACUCACCUCCAGAUGUUUGGGUCACCUGACUAAACAGCUGAUGGGGUUAGCUGGGGGUCGAGUGGUGCUGGCGCUGGAGGGAGGUCAUGACCUCAGGGCCAUAUGUGACGCGUCCGAGGCCUGCGUCUCAGUGCUGCUGGGGAUAGAGCUAGAGCCGCUUUCUGCAGACAUCCUGAAGCAGAGACCCAAUGAAAACGCUAUGAGCUCCAUAGAGAAAGUCCUAGAAAAUCACAGUCAGUACUGGCAGUGUGUCCAGCGGGUCGCGUCCAGCGUGGGUUUGUCUCUGCUGGAAGCUCAGAGAGGCGACUCUGAGGAGAACGAGACGGUGACGGCAAUGGCUUCUUUAUCUGUCGCAGCAUUGGAGAAAAGGACUAUCACGCAGUGCUGCAGACCGGUUCUUUUCAGAACAUGUAGAAGGGAAAAGAAUGGACUGGCCAUCUAA